CCCAGCCCCGGCCGCAGCUGCAGUGAUGCCUAUUUUAGUCAAAGCCGCUGCGGGCGCGGGGACCCGGCACACGCCGAGCAGCCUCCCGACCUGCCGAUCGGCCGAGGAUUUCGCGUCGGGCUCCCGUCGAGCCUUCGCGUCCGUGUCGCCUGCGCCCCACCGCUGCCGCCCCAAACUUUGGUCAGCACCGCCAGGGCUCCGCGCCAGGGACGAGCCAGGAGUUUUCAAGAUGAAUUAUACUAAGUCCAGCCCAUUGGCAGAAUCAACUGCAAUUGGUUUUACACCUGAGUUAGAAACUAUCCUACCUGUGCCUUCCAAUGAGACCACUUGUGAAAACUGGAAAGAGAUACAUCAUCUAGUUUUUCAUGUAGCAAAUAUUUUUUUUGCAAUUGGGUUGGUUAUUCCAACUACUCUUCACCUUCAUAUGAUACUUCUUAGGGGGAUGUUAGCUAUAGGAUGUACCCUUUACAUCGUCUGGGCCACUCUCUACCGAUGUGCCUUGGAUAUCAUGAUCUGGAACUCGGUGUUCCUGGGGGUCAACAUUUUGCAUCUUUCAUAUCUUUUGUACAAGAAAAGACCGGUAAAAAUCGAAAAGGAACUCAAGAGCAUCUACCAGCGAUUGUUUGAACCACUCCGGGUGCCUCCAGAUUUGUUCAAAAGAUUAACUGGACAGUUUUGCAUGAUCCAAACAUUGAAAAAGGGCGAGACCUAUGCUGCAGAGGAUAUAACCUCAGUUGACGACCGUCUGAGUAUUCUCCUGAAGGGAAAAAUGAAGGUCUCCUAUCGAGGACAUUUUCUGCAUAAUAUUUACCCCUGUGCCUUUAUAGAUUCUCCUGAAUUUAGAUCAACCCAGAUGCACAAAGGUGAAAAAUUCCAGGUCACCAUUAUUGCAGAUGAUAACUGCAGAUUUUUAUGCUGGUCAAGAGAAAGAUUAACUUACUUUCUGGAAUCAGAGCCUUUCCUAUAUGAAAUAUUUAGGUAUCUUAUAGGAAAAGACAUUACAAAUAAGCUCUACUCAUUGAAUGACCCCACCUUAAAUGAUAAAACGGUCAAAAAGUUGGACCAGCAGCUCAGCCUUUGCACACAGCUGUCCAUGCUGGAAAUGAGGAACAGUAUAGUCAGCUCCAGUGAAGAUGAAGACGGCUUACACCAGUUUCUUCGGGGCACCUCCAGUGUUUCCUCUCUUUAUGUGUCACCCCUACACCAGCGAGCCUCUGCGAAGAUGAACCCAAUAGAGGAAGGGGUGGAAAACGAUGACGAGGUCUUUGAACCCGUGUCCUCGAAUACGCUUAAAGUUCGUCGCUGGCCUUGAUCCCAAGAGAGGAUUCACGUUACCAAGAGGGAAACUGUCUGGAAGAGAUCCUGAAAAAUACCAGCACUUUUUCACUGCUUUUCAAUUGUUCUGCUUUAAUAUUGAUACUCCCAGCCUGGGAGAGUCUGAGGGCAGGAAAGGGAGGGAGAUUCAAAACAUGGGAAGGUUAUCUUCUCUUUUUACUGGUCAGCUUUCUGUUCCACUGAGCCUUCUGACUAAACCGAGUGCUAUUUUUGAGAGAUAUAUUUUCACAGUGUUUUCUAGAUAUGUUAUCAUUUAACUUAAAAAAAUCUUAGCGCUUUGUCAUUGCAAAUGCCUUCACUUAUCUUUCCGAGCUGUUCCUUUUCGUCAGAGACAGUUUUUUCUCUGCCGUGGCAAUGGGGCUGUCCGUUUGAUAGUUUUAACAAACAAUGUAACUUCGAAAUUGAGGCUGAGGUAACAUUAAAAAGCAGGGAAUCUCAGGCUUCGCUCAGUUGAUUUUUUGGUUGGAAAAUUUUAAAGAAAGGUGUGAUGCGAUUCAUGUAUAUUUUUCUCUCAGGCCAGACACGUCAUUCUACUAGACUGCCUUCCUUUUGUGGGCAUUGUGUGGAUAGCUUGAUAAUGAACAAAGCUCGUCAGACAUUGCUCACAUUACCCUUAUAUUAUGCUGUUUGGAAGUUGGGCUGAACCCUAAAGCUGGAAAUGUAACAGUGGAAGCGGUUCUGAGCCUGGGGUCGGCCUUUGGCUAAACCAGCCCAGCUGUGAUGUGGAGCCAUCUUGCCCCAUACUCUGCUGUAGGAAGCACGUUCCUUGGGGCGGGAGGACUGGAGAGUCAAGUGGCCAAACAAGUGUCGCAGAAUGACGAGGCUGACAGAGCCGCUGCACUCUUCAGCUGCUAUUCUUUUUUUUUUUUUUGCGGUAAGCGGGCCUCUCAUUAUUGUGGCCGUUCCCGUUGCGGAGCACAGGCUCCGGACGCGCAGGCCCAGCGGCCAUGGCUCACGGGCCCAGCCGCUCCGCGGCAUGUGGAAUCUUCCUGGACCGGGGCACGAACCCGUGUCCCCUGCAUCGGCAGGCGGACUCCCAACCACUGCGCCACCAGGGAAGCCCCUUAAACUCAUUUUUUAAAGCCAGUUAUUUUAGUAAUUUCACGUGAGUCAAAUUCACAUGCUUGGUCACUCACUGAGAAAGUUUCCACAGACUGGGUAUCCAGCUCCUAACAUAUUCAUCAAAUGUUGGCUUAUUAACCUCACAGUAGAAAGGCUGAUUUCACUUUCCUACUAUAGUGGUCUCUUCUGUUUGCUAAAUUAGAAAUUUAUUUGGGGAAAUGAAACAAAGGUGAAUGACUUUGCCUUGGCUUUAAGACUAUAAAGAUAUAAUAGGUUGAACUCUUCCUUUCAAUGCCCGAAUCUAGUAUAUAAGGUAAUGGUGUUAAUACUGCUUUCCUUUAACUAUUGGAGUGAAGCUAUGUAGGCCAUUGAGUUUACACAUGCAUAAGACCUAAUUUACAAAAUCACUCUAUAGAGUAAUUAGAUAUUACAUCCUUCUCUGAGUAGAAAGUAAUUUUAGAUACUGCUAAAGACAUGUUUUUAAGGUUCUGUGAAUCCACAGAACCUUGAGAUUUUCUUACCCUGACCCAUCUUCAGGUUUGUCUCACUUUGUCAACCUCAGACAACAGAGGGUGUCAUCUCUAAUGAUCAGCCUGGAUGUGUCUGGAGGUUAUUUUCUAUAGUGCUGGGAACAAACAUGUUUAAAAGCACACUGCUAAAAUUAGGUGAUAUGAAGUCAUUUACUGGUUUUAUUAAAACGUGUGUGCACAUCAGUGCCAUUGAUAAGGAAGAUUGUAAUUUCAAGAUCAGGAAUCUUCAAAGAGCCAUUUAGCUUGAAUGGGAAACACGAAACUAUUUUUAAAUACAUCCCUCUAAGGACAACAGUUAAAAGGAGCUGAAGACAUUGAGUGGUCUUCCCACUAGACUGGAUAGCAAAGAAGCAGAUGAGAAAACAUAAAAGAUCUCCUACAGAUAAUUUUUAUAAAUAUAUAUACAAAUGAACAAGUAUAUCUUUGUAUAAUGCAUAGAUAAGAAACAUGUUUGCUGCCAAAGCCACCAAUGAGAUGCUUCCUGUGUUCUUUGGCCUUCACUUAGCUGUGUGACCAAGGUCCAGAAAAUGGUCUGCAAAAAUUAUUCUGUAUAUUACCCCAAAUAUACUCCGUUUAAAUGUAACAUCAAGUCCGUUGUAUGAAGCUGGACUGUAACGUUUAUACCAGAAUGUAUGUCAGUUAUGAUAUUUUGCAAGCCCUCAUAAAUAUUAUAUUUGUAAAUUGAUAACACAAACCCUAUGAUGUUUCUAGAUCUUAAAUUAGUAAUAAUGGGUGCUACAUAAUUAUUUUUCACUUACCAUCCUUAGCUUCCUGGGAUCUUUUUCGUUUCUCCCUAUGGUCCAUUUCACUUUAAUCAUUUUGUACCUUUGUGCUUUGCUGGAACACUAUGCUGUGCCCACUGGAAGACGCCACCUUCUUCGUGUCUGGUUCCUUCCAUAUGCCUGAAGCUUUUCUGAUUCUGUAACUUGGAGCUGCUGAGUCCUGCCUCCCAGGUCCUAUCGUGGCCCCAAAGGCAGAGUCACUUGGAUGCUGGAAAAAAUAUUUAGGGAAAGUUGUGUAACCUACAUACUCUGCCCUGUCUCCAGUGUAGCCAGGUGAUGACCUUGCCUGCCAGUGAAGAUUUCAUGCUAGUGCAUGGUGGCUCCUGUCCAAACACUUGGGAAGUCUGGUCAGUCCCAAUCCUUGGGGCUUGGUGCAGACCCUGAGGUACAGCUCCAAGGAUUCACUGUUAUUAUUAUUUUUUAAAUCCAUUUUCCUGGUCAUUUCUAAAGCUGCUCUGCAGAAACCGUUGACACUACCAUGUUUCCCCUCCCUUCCCUCUUUCCAACCCUGGUUUCCCAACCUCUUUUUCUAAUUAUCCCAACUAGAGUUAUUAGAAAUUCCCACCCACUCAAUUCAAAUUCCCAAGGAUGUGAAGGGAUAGGACACUGUGCAGGGAACUCGAGGUUGCCAUGCACUUGGGACACAUCUUCUCACUUAUGGUAGCCAUGCUCUGAUCAUCACAGGACCCCAAGUACCUUGUAUGUAACAACAUAUUGUAAGGGAAAUUUAAGAAACCCACUUGAAGUACUAUUUACAGAUUUUACCGAUAUACUUGCAAUCUAGUUUUAAAGUACACAAGGAUUUUGUGAAUGGUUUUUACAGACACAUUAUGUAUAGGGAUCACAUUCUUUCUGCUUUUAGGUGCCAUUUACACUGAUACCAUUUUACUUUAUAAUAAAUUUACAUUUCGACUGAAUGGAGCCUUACAGUUUAAAAUAUCUUCAUAUAUUGUCAU